UUAUUAUCAAAUAUGAAGACAAAAUUAAAGAAAAAGAUGACCAAAUCGACGCAUUGAACAACAAAAUAACUAGUCUUAGAACAGAAAAAACAAGAUUAGGAAAUAGAAUCACCGAACUAGAAGAAGACCUGGGAGAAGAAAAGAAAAAUUUAGCUGAUGCCAACCGGAAAGUUGAAAGUUUAAAUGAUGAAGUUAAACAACUUAAAAAAGACCUGAAAAAUGCCGAAGCCCAAAAUGAAGCAAGCAAUGAGUUAAUCGACAGAAAAAAUGACCUAAUCAGGGAACUUGAUGAACUACUUGACAAAAUUAUAGACACAGAUGAGAAAGACGUUCAAAGCAUCAACCAGGACAAAAAAAAAUUAGCCCAACAAAAAAAUUUUUUUAUCAAUGGUUUAUUUUUACCCGUAAUUGUAAAAAAUAAAGAUAAUGAAAAAGUAUUUGACAAAAGAGCAGCUCAACAAAUCAACAAACGACUAGAAUUUUUGAAUCAGAUUGAUAAAACCUUUAAAAUUUUUAAAAAAGAGGGUGAUGAAAAAGGCGAUUUUGAUGAAGGCGAGUUAAAAGAAAAUAUUGCUAGUCAUAAUAAAAUUAAAGAAAUCAAUAGUUCAAUGGUUCAAACCUUGAUAAGUAAAGGUGUUGAAGAAAAUAGAAUUAGCAAAAUUGCUCAAAAUAGCACUAUUGAAAAAUCUCUCCAAGCAGUUGAAGAUAAUUUGAGUGUAUUAACUACUAAAUUGAAUAGUGAUAA